CUUGUCAGUUGUUUGUCAACCUUUGACUUCUCUGCAUGAUUCUCAGCAGAGCUGCAAAAGAUAUUCAUAAGAGGUGGAUGGACGUGCUUCUAAUACAUAAACUGCAUCUCUCACAUUAAGCAAGGUUUUUAUAAGUUUUUGCAGCUGGUGUGUGCGAAUUAUCUACAAUUGCGAUUCGCAAUAUAUGUCUGCUAAUCCAGAUCAGCCCAAACCAGUAUCUACCACUUUGCGGCAUGUGCAUACGAUCUGUUUUUUGUGAUGUAGUGAAUUUAAAAUAUAAUUAAAAGAUGAAGUGCAAAUGUACAUAUUCUGAUGGCGUCAUUGGACCAAUCUAGGUUGUUGGACGUACAUAUUGGGAUCCACUUCCCUCCUGGAAAGUGGAAUAGUGCAAAGUUUCUGCUCAGUCAGAUAUGAUUUGUAAGGCGUGAUGCAUGCAUGAAAACUGGAUUGUUUGGUCGGCAUCAGUUUAGAAAGUUUUUAUCGUUGACAAGCUAUUAUUAUUGUAUUUUUCUAGUUGUGUGUGACAUCAAAUUUAGAAAGUUUUAAACAAUCAGACAAAAAUGAAGAUUGUUAAUUUGUGAACUGGCUAUUAUCUAAAAUAAUAAAUAGUCAUAUACAAAUUUCAUACCGGUUCGGAUAUUAUCAGAGGAAAAGAUGCAAACGUCCUCCGAGAAAUUGUGGACUUUUGUCCAACUGAAAAAAUUAAAAUUGGAAGAGUCGAAACAUCAGUUGAUCCGUCAAUUGUCUUUCGAUCAGAUUCGGACCUCCAUUAGGACGACGGUGACAUGGAGAAGGGUUGCGUGGAUGGAUGCACUAAUUCACACGGUGCUGGGAUUCGUCAUUGUGACCGCGGUGGCAAUAUCCGUACCGGAAGUUAUUAACGAUGUAGCAAGACUAGCAGUAUUUUGGGUGAUCAUGUUCACUCACUUAAUUCUCGGAUUCUUGUCAUUUGUUGGGCUGUAUCGAAAUUCUUCCAUUACACUCAAAUUGAUUGCGGCCGGACUGAUAAUUCUGCAAUUGACAGUGUUGGGCAUAACAUCAAAUUGUAAAGCGGAAUGUGCCAAGGCGUCAUUUCUCGCUGCCGGUGGGGGUGCCGGUGGUACUUCGUCCACUUCAAUGCCGCCUCCUGUACCACAAAUGAGUGAGGAAGAUUGUCGCCAUUUAAGUUACCUCUCGUCACACAUCAUCCUGCCAAAUUUUAUCCAUUCGUUCAUCUUUUGUGCCAUACUGAUCAUAUUCUUGUACAAGAAGGCGUCCGUGGUCAGAGUACGUGACGAUUUUUCCAUCAGAAAUAGUGGUGGAAAACUCGACCCGAAACAGACAUACCAAUUCGCAAAUAUUACAGUCAUUGUGGAAGAAGUUGUUUAACCAGAAAAAUUAAAAUGUUAAAAAACGGGUUUAUGGCCAUUUUUAUACGAUUAUUAUAUUUAAAUGUAUGUAUGUAUGAUCUCAAGUUUUAAAUAAAGUCAAACGUUCCUACCGUUGUUUUUUAUCUCAUAAUAAAUACAAA